ACAGGGAAAUAGUUUUACGAAGACUAGACGCGCCCAAAAACAUCCUCGACCAAACGUGCGCUACCGGUCGACACUGACUUCGCAAUUGCAAUAAGAUGUUGCAGCAACCAAGAUCAAGAGUAGAGAAUGAUUAUUUCAUAGGACAAAGUUCUGGAAUUUACGAUGAGCUUCGUUUCUACGAAAACCCGUCAGUCGAAUUGGAUUUCAGCAGUCUUGAUGUGGCUGCGUUUACGAAAAACAGCAGUGUGUACAGAAAUCAAUCCCCUAAAACGCAAGCAAAGGAAGCAAGGAAAAGUCGUCCUGAACCCAUGUCGUACAUGGAGGAGACAGACCCAUGCGGGAAGUUGUACCACUCGACAUCGCGACGAAUGAAACGUCUCGUGGCACUGAAUUCAAUUCUGUCUGUUCUGACCCUAAUUUGUCUUGGGUUCACAAGUUUUCUUUGUUACAAACUGCUUAUUGAGAACGACGGAGGGACCUGCGAAGGAUGCCACAAUGAUACACCAGUGUCAGGAUUUCCAACAGUGAUGCCCAGAGUCGCGUGGAAAAAUCUCUCAGAAAAUGUACAAACCCUCAAGGACAACGUUUCAUCCCUGGAGGAGAUCAGUGUUAUUUUAAGCACGAAAGGAAAAUCGCUGCAAGAAUCUAUCAAGAAAAUUUCGGAAGAUCUGACAAAACUGAGCGACGAAAUCAACAGGACGCAACAACACUUGCUUAAAAAUAAGCAAGCCAUAACUACCCUAAAUUCAACGUCUUUGAAGAAGGACGUUUUCUUAGAGUUAUGGCGCAAAUUAAAUUCCACUGAAAAUGACCUACGGGACGUAAAAGAUCAGGUGAUAAAUAUGAGUAAAAUCGUUCCUCCAAGAGGACCUCCUGGCUAUAAUGGCACCCAGGGCCCUGUCGGUAGUCCUGGACCUUCGGGACCUCGAGGAUCACCAGGGCCUGGAGCCAAUCUUUCUCUUUGUCGUUACCAGAAGAUUGAAAGCGCUCCAGUAACACCUGAUUUUUACGCGAGAACUGAAGUAUCUGUGACAGAGCAAAAGGGCAAGCAAAUCAUGGCUGUUCAUUGCGAUACCAAUGACGCUAAAGUAAGUCAACUGUCACGCUCCAAGGACUCAGAUCAAAGACAGAAGUACACGUGCGAGUGUAAAGGCACCGUGAGCACUGGGGCAGGCCAAAUGUAUUGUUAUCUUCAUUACUGGGAAUGCCCUCUAAGCACAUAAAAAAACAAAAAAACAAAAAAACAAAACAACGAAGGGUAAAAAGGUGAGCGGUGAUAGUGGUGGUAGAGGACGUGUGGUUCGCGGGGGAGGGAAGGGUCAGCGGAGAUAGAAAUGUUUUUCAAUGCAAAUGUUCCAUUAAAUGAUAUUAACCAAGAUGAUAAUCUAUUGUACUAACUAAUAAUUGAAAUUUAUUAUGAUGAAUUUCAUAA